AGCUCCUUCAGCCAAUCACCGGCUCUCAAACGCCCCGGUUUCAUUUCUCCAGCCAAUGGGGGUUGAAGUGAACCCCUGCCGUGGGCGGGACUAAGAGGUCUCCGCUGGUCAGCUCCGGGCAACAGAUGGCGGCGGCGGCGCGGAGGACACCGAGGAGGAGUCCGGGGCAGCUGACGGAGCCGGUGGCCUGGUGAAGAGCCAGAGGGAGCUUUCUUCACCCUGACCUCCGGGAGGAUUCAUCAGCCCACACUCCUGGAUCUGCCUCUUCUCUCUCUUCACGCCGGUUCCCCUAAGUGGAGGCCGCAGAAGCCUCGGGCUACAUUUGGCGACACACCGGGGACCGAGUGCGAGGAGGCGGCCGUGGAAUUGUUUGGAAAGUGUCGUGAAAAAAUGAAUUAUCCGGGAUUUCCGAAUUUGAAGUCGCGACGUAUUUAUUGUUAAGAGUCGACUGUGCGUGUGACGCGGACGCCAGAAGUGGAUUUAAUGUGGAGUAGGAGGAGAAAGUUAACUAGUUAGCUAGCUCCAAUGCUAGUUAGCUCCCUAGCAGCGAAAAGCCUUGUAUGUUGAAUGAAUGAAUGAAUGAAUGAAUGAAUGAACGGCCGCCUGCAGUAAACUAGCCUCCGCUUGUUGUGACACGAACUCAUCGAGUGUAUCGAGGAAGAGGCGACGCGGACAGGGAGAGCCGAGGCCCUCGCACCCUCAGAUGGACAGGAAUGCGAUUCCCUGGAGUCGCACAGCGGCGGUUUAGCUCCCGGAGAUAGCGCAGUGCUAACACCGAGCAGAGCCGGGUAAUGCCUCUGAGGCUGUGUCGGGCUCGCUUCUGCUAGCAAACACACAUUUUUUGCACUACUCGAACUCCGCUGCAGCACAGGGGAGCCCACGCCCUUCUCCCGGUGCGGGAUGGGGAACACGGUGUCGUGCUGCGUCUCCCCCGAGUCGAGUCCCAAGCUCCCGUCGAGGCAACCGGCGGAGCGCCUGGAGGAGCUGCAGACCAGCACCGAGGCGAGCGACGACAACACGGUGCCCUACCUGCAGCACAUCAGCGACAGAGAGGUCCCCGACGAGUUGGCAUUGGAGUCUAACCCCUCAGACCACGCCAGAGCGAGCACCAUCUUCCUUAGCAAGUCUCAGACAGACGUUCGAGACAAGAGGAAAAGCAACCACAUAAAUCAUAUCAGUCAUGUAUCUCCUGGUCCACUGUCAAAGAAAUACAGCUCCUGCUCCACGAUCUUUAUAGACGACAGCACCGUCAGCCAGCCAAACCUUAAAAGCACAAUCAAAUGUGUCACAUUAGCAAUAUACUACCACAUCAAAAACAGGGACUCCGGCAAGUCACUGGACAUCUUCGAUGAGAAGUUGCACCCCUUAUCAAGAGAACCAGUGCCAGACGACUACUUUCACGUAGACCCCGAACACAAACUGAUCUACCGCUUUGUCCGAACGCUCUUCAGUGCUGCGCAGCUCACAGCGGAAUGUGCCAUCGUCACUCUUGUGUACUUGGAGCGCCUGCUGACCUACGCUGAGCUGGAUAUCUGCCCCGCCAACUGGAAGCGAAUCGUCCUGGGAGCCAUCUUGUUGGCUUCCAAAGUCUGGGAUGACCAGGCUGUGUGGAAUGUCGACUACUGCCAGAUCCUUAAAGACACCACGGUGGAGGACAUGAAUGAGAUGGAGCGUCACUUCCUGGAGCUUCUCCAGUUUAAUAUCAACGUGCCAGCCAGUGUCUACGCCAAGUACUACUUUGAUCUGCGGCAGCUGGCUGAUGACAACAACCUCAGCUUCCCCCUGGAGCCUCUGAACAACCAGCGUGCCCAGAAACUCGAGGCCAUUUCAAGACUAUGUGAGGACAAGUACAAAGACCUGAGCCGAGCAGCGAUCAGACGCUCCUUCAGCGCCGACAACCUGAUAGGUAUACGACGCUCCAACGCUGUGCUGUCAUAGGCCGCCCUGCUGCCAUCUGCCCUCGCUCAGAGUCCGGCUGACCCACAGUCCGCCCCCACACUAACACGGCUGCCCCACAGGGUUCACGCAGCCACGGCAGUAUUCAGGCUUCAGAAGCUACAGUGUGAAGCUCAGCGGUGACUUACAUCACAGCUGUAGAGCUGCAUGAUUGUGAAACCUCAAACUAUUGUUUUUACAGUUCUCCUUUAUUUAUUUCUUAACUGGCCCUUGUUCCCAUGAUGACGUGUGUUAGAACUGACUCUGGUGCAGUCGCUCACCAAGUCUUGGUGAUUGUCAUUGAGAUUACAUCUUUGCAAAAAUAUUUCAACAUAGCCUUAAAGAUUAGAUUGGU